UUUAAAAAAAAAUAUUUUCUGUUUCCUUUUCAAAUGCUUCAGGCAUUUGGAAGAAUGCGCAAAAUGAAAUGGACAGAAGAUGAAAGGAGAACGGCACAAUUAAAAAUAACUGAAGAUCAACAAAAAAUGUUAAACGAAGAAAUAUUAUUAAUAAAUAAACAACUUCCUUCUAUUUUACUUUCUACAAGAAAUGAUGAGGAUGAUGAACAGCAACAAACACAACCAAAUUUAGAAAUUAAUAAUCCUUCUUGCAGCAGUCAACAACAUUCCCCAGCAACCUCCCCAGGUUGUUCCUCUACCCAUUCUUCCCGUUCAUUUCAUCUUCAUUUUCCUUCAACAAUGUCCAGUUUACGGAAAUCUGGCAUUAAUUUAGUUAGAAAUAUUCCAAAUAAUUUAAGAAGGUCUUCACUUGCUAUGUUUCAAGUAAAUUUUUAAAAGAAAUUUUUUUAAAAAUUAAUUUUUAA